AUGUUUCUUCUUAAAUUCAUAACUUUCGAUGGCGUUGAGGCGUACCAGCCAUGUUCCCGGAACUUCAAUUUGCUCAACCUCGGCGAGCCUCUGUGUCCCAUCGAAACUGGCGACCUCGUUUUCGGUGAAGCCCGCAACUGGUCGUGCACCGAACAAGCCCGCCCACACUUGCCCAAAGAAGUGAGAUGGAUCCUUGCCACUAUCUACAACUUCGCUUGUGUCAUGUUGCGUCUCAGCCAUGGUGAGAAUUCACAUUGGGAAAUGAGGCCAUGGCUCAUGUACUUGUAUUAUGUUGCCGAUAGUCUUUUCGUGGAGAACGGUAUCCCUGCCACAGCACCAAGUCCAGAAUAG